CCAUGGCACUUCCCAGCAAAUCCCUGCUUUGGUUUUGCUGCUUUGCCUGGCUGUGUUUUCCUGUUAGCCUUGGUUCCCAGGCUCCUAGGGGAGAAGCUGUGAUUGCAGCUGGUGCUGAGUUAGAAUCUGAGGCAGACCCUUGGUCCUUGCUGCAGCCUCUAGAUGGGGCAGAUAGACCUGGCCUCCUUCCUCCUCUCUUCAAGGUCCUGUCUGAUAGGCGAGGUGAGACCCCUAGGCUACAGCCAGACUCCAGAGCUUUGUACUAUAUGAAGAAGCUCUAUAAGACCUAUGCUACCAAAGAGGGGGUUCCUAAGUCUGGUAGAAGUCACCUCCACAACACUGUCCGGCUCUUCACCCCCUGUGCCCAGCACAAGCAGGCUCCUGGAGACCGGGUGACAGGAAUCCUCUCAUCAGUGGACCUGCUGUUUAACCUGGAUCGAGUGACUGCCGUUGAACACUUACUCAAGUCAGUCUUGCUAUACACUUUCAACAACUCGGUUUCCUUUCCCUCUGCUGUUACAUGUGUGUACAACCUGGUGAUAAAGGAGCCAAAGUCUAGCAAUGCUCCUUCUAGAGCCCCAUCCUCAUUUACCUUUAGGAAUCACAAAUGGAUUGAGAUUGAUGUGACCUCUCUCCUUCAGCCUCUUGUGGCCUCCAGUGAAAGAAGUAUUCACAUGUCUGUCAAUUUUACAUGUAAGAAGGACCAGUCGAAGCAUCCGUCAGCACAGGAUGGUCCAUUUAACAUGACCCUUUUGGUGCCACCCUCACUAAUCUUGUAUCUGAAUGACACGAGUGCUCAGGCUUAUCACAGGUGGUAUUCCCUUCACCAUAAAAGGGGUUCGUCACAGGGUCCUGACCAGGAGAGGAGUGAGACUGCUGUGGGUGAAAGAUCAGCCCGUCACCGGAGAGGUCAAGAAAUCAUCAGCCCUGAAUUCAAGAAGCCACUGGUUCCAGUUUCCUUCAACCUGAGUGAAUACUUCAAACAGUUUCUCUUUCCCCAAAACGAAUGUGAGCUCCAUGACUUUAGACUUAGCUUUAGUCAACUCAAGUGGGACAGCUGGAUUGUGGCCCCGCACAGGUACAACCCUCGAUACUGCAAAGGAGAUUGCCCAAGGGCAGUCAGGCAUCGGUAUGGCUCUCCAGUUCACACCAUGGUGCAGAACAUCAUCUAUGAGAGGCUGGAUCCCUCAGUGCCAAGACCAUCAUGUGUGCCCGGCAAAUACAGCCCCUUGAGUGUUUUGACCAUUGAACCUGAUGGCUCCAUUGCUUACAAAGAGUAUGAAGACAUGAUAGCUACUAAAUGUACCUGUCGUUAACAUGUGGCCCUCCAAACAAAACCUUGAGCCUAUCUGGCAGAGUAAGUGCUGUGUGCCUAGCUGAGCCUUAGGAGAACAUUUCUCG